AUAUCCUCCAAUCAGUCUGCCUAAUUCCAGGACGUGUUAUACAGGGUGCUAAAAUCUCCGCUGAUAAUGGCCAAAUAUACCUGACCAGUACAGCUGUCAUAGAGAUUUUUAACCAUAUUUGUUCUCGUCGUUAUUAUAUGAGCUACAUCUAGUGUCGUGUCCAUCAGCAGUUCAUUUGUUGGGACCGUUUGACUGGACGGGAUCAUCUGAAGCGAGGAGCCGUCCUGGGCGUGUUUGCUGUAAGGUUAUGCGUGGACAACAGUGCCACAACACACACAAGCUAAGAUCUGUGUAUUUUAUGUGCAUGGCCCUUGGUGUGGGAGCACCAUGAGCGGGGAGCCUGAUGCCUUGGCUGUGGUGAAUCAGCUGAGGGACUUAGCUGCUGACCCCCUCAACAGGCGAGCUAUUGUUGAAGAUCAAGGCUGCUUGCCAGGCCUCAUUCUCUUCCUCGACCACCCCAAUCCACAAGUCGUCUACUCUGCACUAUUGGCGGUGCGCUACCUGGCAGAAUGCCGCGCCAACAGGGAGAAGAUGAAGGGCGAGCUGGGAAUGAUGCUGAGCCUGCAGAACGUCAUGCAGAAGGGAACGUCACCAGGCGAGACAAAGCUUCUAGCCUCUGAGAUUUAUGAGAUACUGCAGAACUCCAGCAGCACGGAGGGCGAACAGGCGGAAGCGGGCGCCUCAUGCCGAAGAAAAGCCCAGUUUUUCCUGGGCUCCACGAACAAACGGGCCAAAACAGUGGUGCUUCAGAUCGACGGGCUUGAUGAUUCGACUCGGAGGAGUCUUUGUGAAGAGGCACUGCUAAAGAUCAAAGGAGUCAUCAGCUUUACCUUCCAGAUGGCUGUGAAGAGAUGUGUGGUGAGGAUCCGUUCGGACCUGAAGGCUGAGGCCUUGGGAACUGCUAUAGCUUCAACCAAAGUCAUGAAGGCACAGCAGGUAGUGAAGAGGGAAGACGGAUCGGAGCUUGUAAUCCCAUUCCAAGAGGACUCGGAUGUGGUGGUCGAGGAGAACAUAAAUUUGCCGGAUUAUUUGCCCGAGGACGAGAGCCCGUCUCAGGAGCAGCACAAGGCUGUGACGCGACUGGGCUCCGUGCAAGAUGGCGUGAGCUGGCUAAGCACAGCUGCCAACUUCCUGUCCCGCUCAUUUUACUGGUGACCCGACGACUCCCCGCAUGCCCCGCCUCUUUACAGCCUGCCCUCGACACGCCAGACUGCCGAGCGCAUCUCGCAAUAAACUUAUAACUGUGUUCCAACUUUUAAAAAAUGCCACGACAGGCGGCUGUAAAUGGUACGCGAUCCAACCUGCUCCCAAACUCACAUUAGCGCUGCAUACGCACUACACGAGACACUAAAACCUGAGAGCAACCGGGAGAAGUUCACAGAAAGCAUUUUGUGUGUAUCUGCUCUCUCUUACUCACCUCUUUGUUUUGUUUUGUUUUUGUUUUUUUUUGGUUGGGAGAAAGUUUUUAAACGAUUCGCCCCAGAUAUUCCUUGUGGGUUUGUGUCUGUUGAGACUAAACACCCCGGGGUUGCGCCGAGUGGGUCGUACCUUUGCAGUUUUCUACAUUUCUAUGAAUUUGGGUGUUUUCUGAUGUGUUCUAACCCUUCAUCUCAGCUUUCUUGUACAUUUUUAAACAACUUUUUUGUUUUCAAUUACUUGAUAAUCCUAAUGUUACUAUUCAUCAGCACUUUUCAAAGCAUGCCUUUUUUUGAACCCCUUUCCUUCUGUGUGUGACUUUACUACGUAGCUUGUUGAUGCGAUUCAUUUUCACGGUUUUAAAUCCUCUUUAUUUGCUUCGACUGAACUUCUAAAGCCUUCUCAAGAUGUGAUUUUAGGUUUGAAAUGCGUAGUGAUGGUUCCAAUUUCACAUGAUACAUAAUUAAAACACCAACACUGGUUGGUGUGCAGUAAUAAUAAUUAACGGUUUAAGGGAAGUCACCACAAAAUGGCUGUUACUAUGUGUGUAAUACUAACCUUUUUUUGCUUGUUUGUUUGUUACAGCAUGUGCCAAACACCAGAUAACCUCGUUACACUAGCGAAAUAUGUUGUAAAAUAGCUCUGACCCUUUAGGAAUUGAUAUCAUAAGGUUGUCUUUUUUUCUUUUUCUUUUUUACCUUUAAGCGUCAAUGCAGUUUUCCAUUAUGCCAUGCUGACAAUAUUUAUACAUUUUCUUUCUGUGUAUUCCUAAAUCUAUAAAUCUGAAUGUUUUGUUCAGGGCCUUUCAUACUCAUGAUCAUUUUAGCGUGGGUUCACCUGCUAGCCAAAUGCAUGAUCCGGUCAAAUCUGACGGGAUAUGUGCCUGUCACCUCUGCAUGACCAUCCCCUCUCGCGCCUUUCUCUGAGAUCUCCCUGACCAAUGGUGUCUUUUAACAGUUUAGACGAUCGACUGACCUCACAUAUCGCAUUCAGGACGUCCAGUCCGCUCAGGGAUGUGUGUACGUUCUCCCGCAACGAUGGUUUCGUGUACGUCACCGUUGGGUUCAGUAUAGGGUGUUUCCAAAAGGAGACCUGCACACAUCGAUAUCAAAAUCUACAGUCUACACAAACCAACAAACGCCCUUUCCUAAAUGUUACUGUUGUUUUAUUGAAAUUGAUUUCAUUUUUCACCAUAUUAUGCUGGAAAACUUGGAUUGUUGUAAAGCAUCAGUGUUUGCACCCUUUUGUAUUUUUCCUCAUAAUUUGAAUAUUUAAUCAGCAAUGCUUUCAGAGACUUUUUUUUUUUUUUUUUUUUUUAAUUCACAUCAUGUUGGUUCACAUUAAGGAUUUGUUACAAAGACAGCAUUAGUGUACAGAAUUGAAUCCCCAUAAACAGUGGCGUGCUUCUAGUUGGGUGCAAGAUGAGAAAGAGGCCAUCAGUGUUAUAUUUAUGAACAAAAUCCAAAUUGAAUUGAGUUUUGCAUUUUCUGUAUUUUUAUUUCCCUCUUGUACUGUACAUCAUCCUUCCUUGAAGCGUUUUAAGCUACUGUUCACUGUUAUUCCAAGAACGCAUAACCAGAGCCCAUGGCAGAUGGUAGAUUUUAGUAGCUUCUCAUGUACAGUGCAUAUUCGCUGUUACAUACAAAGAGUUUUAGGACACACAAUUCUUGACUGUUCACAGUAAUGACAAGGAUUAUUAAAUAGAUAAAAUAAA